UAAUGCUAAUAUUUUACAUAGUCAUUUGAUAGCAGAUUCCCGUUAAUAAAGGAUUACAUUUCCUCAUCCAGUGACUGAAACUCGGCAUGGAAGUCAGAUAAAGAAUUGAUAUUGCACUCCAGCUGGUUAGUUUCUCAUUCUUUUUUCAUUUUCUUGAGGAAAAAGACCAAGCUAUUUUUUUUUAGGAUCUUAAAUAACGCUGUUCAUACUUUGGCCUCGUCUUGCCUGUAAUUUACUCUCAAAGGUGACAAGCCUCGGCUUUUACAAAAGGCGAAAUAUUAUUCCUUUUCACAUGCAAAUGAUCUUUAAAAAAAACACUCAAUACUCUUGAAUUGCCUGCAAGCUAAAUUAUUGUCCUGUUACCAACGCCAAGGUUCUCAUUAGUGUUAUUUCGGCAAAGUUAGUUUUUGUUAAAAGCUUCCGUAACUGAGAUCAGGAUUAAUUGAUUUCUGUUUCACCUAGGCAAUAAUGACUUGUGUUAUCCAUUGAAAAAAAAACUAUUACACUCGCUUACUUUCAAUAUCUGUUCAUGCCUAAGAAAAUUAUAUCAAUAGGAAAUUGUCGCAGAUGGAACGUUAUUCUUGACAGUUGACACAGUUUUACCGAUCAGAAUGUUUCAUUCCAAAACGAACUCGUGACAUACAUUUACCACAGUCCUGGCUUUUCAUUCCCCUGAAGAUCUUUUUGUCGGUUGGAUCAAGGAAUUUGGAGCACUAACAAAGGAAGAAGCUUUGAAUAAGCAAGGAGCGAGUACGAGCAAAGCCACUCGUUUCAAGUAGUUUCUGAUCCCAAGCGGAAUUUAAUUUUUGGACAAUGACUCAACAGGUGAAAAUGGCUUCUGAUAUCGACUCGGUCGAAGAACUGCUUCGAAAAUGUCCAGAUAUCCAUGCUCAAUUCAACUUCACAGCACUAAGAGAGCUCAAUAACUCCAAUAAAGUGUUACCCUGUCUUUUGGGUAAUUUUUCCCUUUGUUUAAACCUCUUGGAUAAGGCAAGUACCAGCCCGCCGAAGGCAAGGACGACGAACGUGUUGCCAUAUAAUCUACCUGUUCUCAUUACGUACUUUGUACUAGUUGCAGUAUUCGGUUUGAUUGUCAACUUGUGUGUAAUUGGUACAAUUUGCCGCGUUCGUAGACUGUGGACGAUUACAAACGCAUUUGUCUUAUCUCUGGCUAUGGCCGACUUCUUCAUGGCCAGUGUCCUUGUUCCGUUGAAUAUCUGGUGCCAGUAUUACCCCGGUCAAAACGCCUCCACAGCUAAGGACACGUUGUUUCCGUUAUUAGGCGCUGCGUCACUUCUCAACCUGGCCGGCGUUACGCUGGAACGCUUCAUGUCCAUUUCAUACCCGUUUAGGUACGACGCGUUCCUGAAUCGUUUUCGCGCCACAGUCAUCAUUGCUGCCAUAUGGCUGGUAUCGAUAUUCCAGGCCCUCCUCAUCUUUGCUUUUAAAGACGAAAAUGGUAGAACUCCAAAACUUUACGAAGUCCUGCGAUUCGCCCUGGUGUUCGGUCUACCAUGUUUGUGUAUCUUGCUGGUAAACAUAAAAAUUUACUACGUAGCACGGCAGCAUGCGAGACAAAUCAAUGCAUCGAACCCAAACGGGCAAAGCGGCACAAGAAGCUCGAACCGAUCGUUCAUAAAAAAGCUCAAGACAGUUAAAAUCAUUGCUCUACUUGUCGGUACGUUCAUGGUGACUUGGUUGCCCUACUUUUGUUUGUCGAUAUAUGAGCUUCACACAGCUGACGAGAAAAAAACAAGCGGCUUGACGCUGGCUUUGCAGGUAGCAGAAGCGUCAGCGUGCGGAACUGCCCUGUUCAACCCGUUACUUUAUGGACUGCUACGGAAAGACGUGCGCGAGGCGAUAUUGAAAGGACUCAAGUGUGAAAAUGUGCAUCAGACUGAACUCCAAAGUUUUUCUUACAGCCUUCGUGCGGAGCAAACACGGUAAGAUCAGGAAAAUGCGAAAAUAGCCACAAACAUGGAACUCUUAGUUGGGUCGUGAAAAUUUGAAGGAAUACAAAUUUCAAAGAGUAUCACAACCCCCUUAAACUUAUCCGAGUGUGACCUUUUCGUAAAUUGUGUGGCUUAAAAAAGUCGAUAAAAGAAAGCAAUCAAAAUUGGUUUGCACUAAGACAGUUAGGAAAAUUGGUCGGUUCCGACUUGUAUUUAACCAAUUAUUAGAACUAAAACGUUUACUACCAAAAUUUUGAACGAGAAACCUGCAACGAAUUAUUGCAACUUUAACAUUUUGUGUGCUGAUAAUUUUUCGGUUUAGCCUUUAAGCGGAUAAUCCCAUCCAGCGUAUGCAGAUUUCUGUUUGCUCGUUACUAAAAAUUUUCUAUAAAAGCAGCAAAAGAUCUCCUUUGUUGCUGAGUAAAUUACCAAUACAAUAAUGAAAUCUCUAGAUCGCUGGCUCCAAACAUUUGUUAAUCGAUCGACAGAAAUGCGUCGAAUUACGUCCAUCGAUAAAAUAUCUCAGGCUUAACUGAGUUUUGUUAAGAAAAAUAAAUGUCAGUUUCAAUAUUGUGAUAUGUUUAACUGCCGGACUUUUCAUUGCAUCACAUGCCAGAGGAAAAAAAAAACAUUUCUUUUUUUAUUCAAGAUCACUGAUAGAUAAAACAUUUGUAGGUUUGAUGUAAAAUCUACUUAACGAUGCAAAAUGAUAAAUUAAGGUAGAUUAAGGCUUGUAAAUAAGUGAAUCAUGUUGUGCCGUGGGACUUAUCUGUGAUGUAAUUAAUACCCUGCAUUAAUGCUAGAUGAAAACACUUUCAAGCCGACGAAAUGUGUUUUAUGUGUUUUAUUGUCAAUAAAAGGGUAGUAUUAAUAUAUCUUGAUUGUGAGCAAAGUGUUAACGAUUAUCUACAAUCAGACGAAAAAAAUCCAGUUAUUCCAAAACGAUGAAGGAACGAAGAAUUACAACCUAGAGCUUGCUGAAAUGGAA